AAAGAAGGUGGAUACGAGAAAGCUAUAAUAAACUCAGGAACUCCCUCUUCUCCAGAAGAGUCCUUUCCGUCGAGCGGAGACGACGACGACGGCGGCGGCGGCGCCGUGGAAACGCCCCAACUGGAGCUGCUUCCUCCCCUUUCUCUUACGAUCUGAGGGAUGUAGAAGAAAAUAUUAGGCCUUGCAGUGAUUGAUAGAGGAUGGAGAACUGUGACUGCAUUGAGCCACAAUGGCCUGCAGAUGAGCUUCUGAUUAAAUAUCAGUACAUAUCAGACUUUUUCAUCGCACUUGCUUACUUCUCCAUCCCUCUUGAGCUCAUUUAUUUUGUAAAGAAGUCUUCCUUCUUUCCUUAUAGAUGGGUUUUGAUACAAUUUGGUGCAUUUAUUGUUCUAUGUGGAGCAACUCAUUUGAUUAACUUGUGGACCUUUACCGUGCACUCAAAAACUCUUGCCAUUGUUAUGACCAUCGCAAAAGUUUCAACUGCUGUAGUGUCCUGUGCAACAGCUUUGAUGCUCGUUCACAUCAUUCCUGAUUUAUUAAGUGUGAAAACAAGGGAGCUAUUUCUGAAGAAUAAAGCUGAAGAGCUUGACAGGGAAAUGGGCCUGAUACGAACACAGGAAGAAACGGGAAGACAUGUUCGAAUGCUUACUCAUGAAAUCAGAAGCACACUUGAUAGAGAUACAAUACUAAAGACUACUCUUGUUGAGCUGGGGAGAACCUUGGGCUUGGAGGAAUGUGCACUAUGGAUGCCAUCACGUAAUGGUUCAUCGCUUUAUCUCUCCCGUACAUUGCACCACCAACUUCCUACUGGUUCCACAGUGCCAAUUAACCUUCCUGUAGUUAACCAAAUUUUCAGUAGCAAUCAUGCAAUGAUAAUUCCCCAUACUUGUCAAUUAGCAAAGAUACGACCAUCAUCAGGAAGAUAUGUGCCACCGGAGGUUGCUGCAGUGCGAGUUCCACUUUUACAUCUUUCAAAUUUUCAAAUAAAUGACUGGUCAGAACUUUCGGCGAAGAGCUAUGCAGUAAUGGUUUUGAUUCUCCCAUCAGAUAGUGCUAGAAAAUGGCAUGUGCAUGAAUUAGAGCUUGUCGAGGUGGUUGCUGAUCAGGUAGCAGUUGCACUUUCACAUGCAGCUAUACUAGAAGAAUCUAUGCGGGCACGUGAUCUACUAAUGGAACAAAAUGUUGCCCUAGAUUAUGCACGUCAGGAGGCAGAAUUAGCAAUUCGUGCUCGCAAUGAUUUUCUAGCUGUCAUGAACCAUGAAAUGCGAACUCCAUUACACGCAAUUAUUACACUUUCUUCCUUGCUUCUGGAGACUGAACUAAACCCCGAACAGCGAUCAAUGGUUGAGACCGUCUUGAAAAGUAGCAGCCUUUUGGCAACACUCAUCAAUGAUAUUUUAGAUCUUUCUAAGUUGGAGGAUGGAAGCCUUGAGCUAGAAAUUGGAAUUUUUAAUCUACAUUCUGUCUUCAGAGAGGUUGUAAAUUUUAUAAAGCCAAUUGCAGCUGUCAAGAAGCUAUCAGUGUCACUUACGCUGUCACCUGAUCUGCCAUUGUGUGCCAUUGGAGAUGAAAAACGGCUUAUGCAAAUUUUGUUAAAUAUAGUUGGUAAUGCUGUUAAAUUUACGAAGGAAGGUCACAUUUCACUUACAGCUUCCGUUGCCAGGGCAGAUUACUUGAGGGAUUUUAGAGCUUCUGAAUUUUAUCCAGUUUCUAGUGAUGGGCACUUCUACUUGAGAGUUCAGGUCAAGGAUACUGGUUGUGGAAUUAGUUCUCAAGAUUUACCACAUCUCUUCACCAAAUUUGCACACGGCCGGAAUGUAGCAAGUCGAGGAUUCAGUGGCAGCGGCCUUGGGCUUGCCAUUUGUAAGAGAUAUGUGAGUCUCAUGCAAGGUCACAUCUGGCUUGAAAGCGAAGGCAUUGGAAAGGGUUGCAUGGCAACAUUUGUAGUGAAACUUGGAAUUUGCGAAAAUCCAGAUGGAUCUCAGCAGAAAAUUGUGCUGUUGCCUUGGACAAAGCACGGGCAGGAAGAUACUUCUAGCUCAAGAGGAAUGCCAAAAGAUCCGAAAGCUUUUAUUCCAUUGAAGCCUCGGUAUCAAAGAAGUGUAUAGAUACUAUGGGAUAUAACUUACAAGCAUGCAAGUAUUCCCAUAUCUACACCAAAUAUAAUGUGAUUAAGGUGCAGGAGCUUUAUGUGGGAAAGAUUAAUGUUGGUGCUCUCAGGCUGCGUAUGUUGUUGUAGGGUUGACAUGUAAUUUUUAGAUGGGCAUUGUUGUUGCGUCAACUUGCCUUACAAUAUUCUAAUUUAUGCUUUCCCCACAUUCUUCACUUA